AUGGACGAUCCAAGUUGGCAGCGCAAUUGUGAUAUGCUGACGCAUGCGUUGCAAUCGUUGGAACGCAGUACCUCCCAAAUAAAGCGCAGCACAAAUAAACUUGUCACCUUACGUGACAUUGCGCAAGAGAGAGAUAAGGUAAAGAAAGUAACGAGUGCAGCAAAUGCGAAAGAUGUGCAUGCCGUUCACGAUGCUUUGGCUUUUCUGGAAAAAUAUAUGCGACUGCAUCCCACGCAGCUGCGUGGACAGGGAGUGAAACUCAGUACGGAGGCUCAAGUUGUGCUAGAAAACUACAAAAAAUCAUGUGAUGUCUUCUAUAAAAAGUGCAUUUCACUGGAAGAAUCAUUACGAAAGAACAGUGCAACGACACGUGUGAGGAUUGGGACUGGUGAUGGAAGUGAUGUGGAUGAUUUUGAUGAUGAGGGAGAAAGUUUAUUACCACGUGGAGCCACUGCGGGAUCUGCGCAGCGGCAGGCAUUUGAGGAUGAUCUCCAUAACGAAAUCAUGGCUGAGAGGGUCCGUGAGACAUCAGAGAUAGCAGAGAGUGUAAGGGAUAUUAAUGAGUUAUUUAAUCACAUUAACUCAUUAGUAGCAGAGCAGGGUGUGGGUUUGGAAAUUAUCGAGGAAAAUGUUACGAGGUCGUCCGCUGCGACGAGGAAUGCGGUGGGACAUCUUCAACAGGCGCGUGAUAGCCAACAGAGAUCUGGACGUGACAAGAUGUUUAUAUUUCUUAUCGUUGUAUUAAUGAUCAUGCUAUUGCUCGUUGCGUACCAUAAAGUAUGA